CAUGGCCGCUCAGGUCGCUAGCGCCGCCACUCUUAACACUAGUCCGCCUUCCGAACUCAAAAGGCCGGAUCGAGACACCAAGGAGGAGUCGGUGCCGGGGGAGAAGCAGUCAGACAAAAAGCAGCCGGGCUUGGACAGCGGAUCGCCGGGCCGGGGGGAUCUGCAGGACGGGGCCGACGGUGGAAAUGCAGGGGGAGGAGGGGAACCUGAGAUGAAGAACGGGAAUGGGAACCCGCCCAGGGCUAACAAUAAUAACCAGAAUGACUCUGUCGGACCGGAGGGAAAUAACCAUCCCGGUUUGGUGCAUCACCACGGCCCCGCGUUUCCUCCACCUUCGUACGGAUACAGUCAGCACUACGGUCGGGCCCCUUUUCAUCAACAUGGCGGACAACAAAGCCCUGGCAUGGCAGCUGCUGCGGGUCCGGUCGUGCAGUCGAGCAAUAUGAUGGACCCGUAUCAACCUAAUUCACACGACCAUGGCUUUUCCAACCACCAGUUUAACAAUUACAACCCAUUCCCGAACAGGACUCCUUAUCCCGGCCAGGCAUACGCCAUGAACUCCCCUCGCAGUACCCAGGCGCCGACAGCUGGGGGGCAGCCAGCUAACGUUAAGCAGCAGCAGCCACCACCAGCGGGAGGACCCACGGCGAUGGCUGGAUCUUACAAUAACCAGAGAUAUAACAUUGGAAACCCUCAGCCUACAUCCACACCGACACUCAACAAGCUCCUGACCGCCCCCAGCUCAACGCGGGCAUACCCGAGCUACCCGUCUAGUGACUACAGCAGCCAAGAAGGAGCUAGUAAGGGACCAGCAGACAUGGGCAGCAGCGGGCUGUAUGGAGGGAGCAACCCGGGCUGGCAACAAAGAAGCCAUCUCCCGUCGCCCAUGAGCCCGGGAAGUGCCGGGCAGCCGCUAGUUAGAAGCCAGCCACCUGGUCCCAUGGACCCAAUGGGAAAAAUGAGAGGUCAACCAUACGGAGCAGGUAGUCCAUAUAGUCAACAGUCGCAGCAGGGACCUCCCACAGGUCCACAACAGGGACCUGGUUACCCUGGCCAAGGUUAUGGCCCUCCAGGUCCCCAGCGAUAUCCAGUGGGAAUGCAAGGACGUACCCCUGGAAGCAUGGGUGGCAUGCCGUAUGGUCAACAGAUGGGAUCUUAUGGACAGCAGGGACCAGGAAACUACGGUUCCCAAGGCCAAGCACCGUAUUACGGGCAGCCUGGCCAGGCUCCUCACCCAAGCCAGCAGCAAACCCCCUAUUCCCAGCCUCCACAAGGACAACCGGGUGGCCAGACUUCUUACCCAGGGCAACCCCACCCUCCACCAACUUCUGCUACACACACCCAGGGAGGACCACCCUAUCAGCAGCCCCACAUGCCCCCACAGUCCCAGGGGCCACUGCCAGGUUCAUCCCAAGGGCCCCCACAGUCUCAGCCUCCUUAUUCCCAAGCAUCAGCUCCACAGUCUGGCCAAUCUCUCUACGCCCAGCAGCAGGGUCCCCCCAGCCAGGCCCCACAGCAGCCAAGCUCACAGGAUACCCCAGGAUCACAGGGCCAGUCCAACUACCCAGGAUCCACACAGGGGCCUCAGCAGCCCCCCUCGCAACAACAGCAGGCACAGUCUCAGCCUCCACAGCAGCCACCAGGACAUAGCCAACACCCACAGGGCCAGCCUGCAGUGUACGGGCAGAACCCUCAGCAGCAGCAGCAGCAGCAGCAGCAGCAAGCACAACAGUCACCUUAUCAGCGUUUUCCUCCGCCACCACAGCAGGAGGUAUCCCAGGACUCAUUUCAGUCCAAUGCUCCUCCAUCCACUCAGCCUAAAUCUGGCCCAGAGGACAGUCAAGGCCGUCCCUCAAGCCUUCCGGACCUGUCAGGGUCCAUCGAUGACCUGCCCACAGGUGCAGAGGGCGCCCUGAGUCCUGGCGUGAGCACGUCAGGUGUGUCGAGCAGCCAGGGCGAGCAGAGUAACCAGGCACAGUCGCCCUUCUCUCCUCACACGUCUCCCCACCUGCCGGGCAUCCGAGGGCCUUCACCUUCCCCAGCUGGCUCCCCCGCCAGUGCCAGCACACCCCGCACAGGACCGCUGUCACCUGCCAACAUGCCAGGGACUCAGAUGCCUCCUAGGCCAUCAAGUGUGCAGUCAGAUGGGAGUCUGCACCCUGGAAUGAGUCAGUCUCCUAUGGCCCAGGACAGAGGGUUUAUGCAGAGAAACCCCCAGAUGCCCCCUUAUGGCUCCCCUCAGUCAGCUUCUGCACUGUCGCCGCGUCAGUCCUCAGGGGGACAGAUGCAUCCUGGCAUGGGCCCAUAUCAGCAGAACAACUCCAUGGGUGGCUAUGGACAGCAAGGAGGACAAUACGGCCCCCAAAGUUAUCCCCGACAACCUGGCUAUGGCAACAUGCCCAACGCAAACUACCCUGGGCCGGGCAUGGGCCCAAUGAACCCCAUGGCAGGACAGGGUGGGGGACCACCAUAUACUGGCAUGCAACCAGGAAGGAUGCCUCCUAAUCAAAUGGGGGCACGUCCUUAUGGCCCCAAUAUGGGUCCAAAUAUGGGCCCCAACAUGGGUCCAAACAUGCCUCCUAACAUGGGUAACAUGCCACCACAGGUAGGCUCAGGAAUGUGUCCUCCACCAGGCAUGAACAGAAAGCCCCAGGACUCAACGGCCAUGCAGCACCCUGCCACCAACUCCAUGCACAACAGGAUGCCUGGUUACCCCAACAUGUCUCCAGGUAUGGUGGGCUCCGGCCCUCCCUAUGGUCCUCCAAUGAACAACAUGCCUGGAAUGAUGAACACUCAAGGUGGAUCACCUUAUCCAAUGGGGCCAAACAUGGCCAAUAACUCAAGUGGUAUGGCCCCGAGCCCAGAGGUGAACAAUAAGAUGAAUAACAAAGUAGAUGGGAGCGUAACACCCAAGCAAGAGCCCAAAUCUAAGAAGAAGUCAAACUCCUCCACCACAACCAAUGAAAAGAUAACACGCCUGUAUGAGUUAGGACCAGAGCCGGACAGGAAGAUGUGGGUGGACCGUUAUUUGGCCUUUAUUGAAGAGAAAGCCAUGCCCAUGACCAACCUGCCUGCUGUAGGACGUAAACCGCUCGACCUUUUCCGGCUAUAUAUGUCAGUUAAAGAGAUCGGAGGCAUGACACAGGUGAACAAGAAUAAGAAAUGGCGUGAUCUGGCCACUUCCCUAAAUGUGGGUACAUCCAGCAGUGCUGCCAGUUCUUUGAAGAAACAGUACAUCCAAUGUCUGUAUGCCUUUGAGUGCAAAAUUGAGCGCGGUGAGGACCCUCCGCCUGAAAUUUUCACUGACAACAAAAAGAACCAAGCUGCUAAAGUCCAGCCCCCAUCUCCAGCGUCCCUGUGCUCCACAGCUGGAUCAGGUUCUCUACAGGGUCCUCAGACACCCCAGUCCACCAGUAGUUCCAUGGCUGAGGGGGGAGACCUAAAACCUCCCACCCCAGCCUCCACUCCUCAUUCCCAGAUGCCCCCCAUGCCACCUGGAUCCAGGAGCAGCGUUAACCUGCAGGACCCUUUCUCUGAAGGAAACGACCCUGCUUUCCCGAGGAAGAACAUGACGCCCAACUCGGCCUAUCAGCCUGGCAUGAACACACCAGACAUGCAAGGGCGCAUGGGCGCCUACGAGCCCAACAAGGACCCCUUUGGUAACAUGCGGAAAGUUGGGGAGCAGUUUCUACCGGCUAACCAGGGCCCUAACAGCGGGGUUGGUGACCAGCAGCAACAGCAACCACCACAACAGCAGCAACAGCAACAACAACAGCAACAGCAGCUGCAACAACAACAGCAACCGCAGCAGCAGCAGCAACAACAGCAACAGCAGCAGCAGCAACCUCCAUUCAACAGGGGACCGCCUGGGGCCAUGGGCACGAUGCCAAUGGGGCCCAGACAGCCGUAUCCUUAUGGACCAGGCUACGACAGGAGAUCGGAGCAAGGAAUGGGCCCAGAGGGCAACAUGGGAUCCGGUGCUCCUCAGCCAAACCCUAUGAUGCCUGCCAACGCCGACACGGGGAUGUAUUCGCCAAAUCGCUUUCCACCACAGCAGCCACGGCAUGAUUCCUAUGGUAAUCAGUAUCCUGGACAGGGAACGCCCCCUACUGGCUCCUACCCAAAUCAGCAGCCUGGAAUGUACCCACAACAACAACAGAGUUACAAGCGUCCUGUGGAAGGAGGUUACCCUCCAUCAAAACGGCAUGAGACGGAGUACAGUGGGCCCUUCCAUGGUGGACAACAACCACCGCAGCAACAGCAACAGCAACCGCAAGGAGGUGCCCCUGUACCCUCUUCAGGACAGCAGGAGACGUACAAUCAGUACAGCGGCAGCGGGCCGUACCCUGGCCCUGAUCGCCGUCCACCUGGCCCAGGCAAUCAGUUCCCCUUUCCCUUUGGUCGUGAGCGAAUGCAGGGUGCAACAGGGCCCAACGCUCAGCCCAACAUGCCCCCUCAGAUGAUGCAGUCAGGCCCUGAGGGUCCUCAGGGAGGUAUGUGGCAGGGGCCCCGAGACAUGAACUUUCAGAACUACCCCAGUCGGCAGGGUGGUCCUGGGGGCCCACCCCAGGGACCCGGUUACCCUGGGAUGAACCGCUCAGAGGAAAUGAUGUCAUCAGAACAGCGCAUGAAUCAUGAUGGCCAGUGGGGCGGUCAAAUGGGCCCACGGCAGCCUCCUUAUGGUCCAGCAGGACCUGGUCAACCUAUGCCUCGUUCAGUACAGUCCAACUACCAGCCCCCACAGGGUGUGCAGAACCACAUUCCACAGGUGUCCAGCCCGGCCUCCAUGCCUCGCCCCAUGGAGAGCAGGACAUCACCUAGUAAAUCUCCCUAUAUGCACGGAGUAAUGAAGAUGCAGAAGGCCGGUCCUCCAGUGCCUGCGUCUCAUAUAGUGCCCCCUCCGGUGCAGUCGCCUCUAAUAAGGCGAGACAUGCCUUUUCCCCCAGGCUCUAUAGAAGCUUCCCAUCCCGUCCUGAAACCACGUCGGAGACUCAGCGUAAAAGAUAUCGGAACCCCGGAGGCCUGGAGAGUCAUGAUGUCAUUAAAGUCUGGUUUAUUGGCUGAGAGCACGUGGGCCUUAGAUACCAUCAACAUUCUCCUGUAUGAUGACAGCAGUAUUUCCACCUUUGAUCUCAACACGUUGCCUGGCCUACUAGAGUUGGUUGUUGAGUAUUUCAGACGCUGCCUCAUUGAAAUCUUUGGCAUUCUGCGGGAGUACGAGGUGGGAGACCCUGGCCAGAGGACACUACUUGAUCCUGAUGCCUUGAAACGAGACUGGGACAGCACAGAAGAAGAGGAUCCACGUGCUGAGGACAUGGAACAAGAGGAGGAAGAUGACGAAGAAGAGGAGGAACGGGACACAGAGGGGCCAUUUCAUGUGAAGGAGGAGGAAGAGCAAGAACCUUGCUCUGAGUCUCGGGGGCAAGAUAAGACCGAGGAUGAGGAGCGAAAGAGCAAGGGUCCUUCAUCUGAACAGACAGGCUCAUCGCAGUCCUUAACUGCCCGCGAGAGACCCAAACAAGCUAGUAAGUUUGACAAGUUUCCCCUAAAGGUGGUACGAAAGAAAGACUCAUUUGCGGUUGGCCAGUCUAAUAAUCAUGGCAAACUGCAAGAGUUUGACAGUGGGUUGCUUCAUUGGAGUGCUGGAGGGGGAGACUCGACAGAACACAUCCAGACUCACUUUGAACCACGCAAAGACUUCUUGGAACCACGAGAACGAAUACCUGUGCCCCCAGUUUUGCUGAGGCGACGAGUCCCAGAAGAAGAGAUACAGGAAAACUGUUUGCCAACCGAGGAAGAGAAAAGGAAGCAUCUGGAUGAAGAAGAAGAAAGGCCCAAAGAGACAUCUUCCUCAGAGAAAUCGGCAGUCUCAGAGAAGGGCAGCCCCUCGCUCAGCAGUGAGGAGGAGAGGAAAACAGAUUCUGAGGCAAAGACAGUUGAGAAAGAUGCUAGAAGUCAACUGGAGAGUAAUAUAUCCCCUCUUUUCCCCGGCAGUGUCUUAACAAAGAAGGCACAGCAAAUGGGCACCAUCCUGGAGGAUGAGCCUCACAGUAAAGACGAGGGCCCACUCAUUGCACUGGCUAACUGGCAGGAUUCUUUAGCCCGACGCUGCAUUUGUAUCUCCAACAUUGUCCGCAGCCUCUCCUUUGUUCCAGGCAAUGACCACGAGAUGUCUAAACAUCCAGGGCUGCUACUGCUGCUGGGACGCCUGAUCCUGCUCCACCACAGGCACCCUGAGCGCAAACAGGCACCGCUAACCUAUGAGAAAGAUGAGGAUUCAGACGAGGGAAUGGGCCAAAGGGAUGAAUGGUGGUGGGACUGCUUGGGUCUCCUGAGGGAGAACACGCUGGUCACUUUGGCGAACAUCUCAGGCCAACUCAACCUCUCCAUCUACCCUGAGACCAUCUGCUUGCCUCUGUUGGACGGUCUUCUUCACUGGGCUGUCUGCCCUUCAGCAGAGGCUCAGGACCCCUUCCCCACCCUGGGUCCCCACAGUGCUUUGUCACCUCAAAGACUGGUCCUGGAGACGCUAAGCAAACUAAGCAUCCAAGACAACAAUGUGGACCUCAUCUUGGCCACUCCGCCAUUCAGUCGGCUGGAGAAGCUAUACGGGAACCUGGUGCGGCUAAUUGGUGACAGGAAGAUCGCAGUCUGCAGGGAGAUGGCCGUUGUCCUACUGGCGAACCUGGCCCAGGGUGACACUAUGGCUGCCCGAGCAAUCGCUGUUCAGAAAGGUAGCGUGGGCAACUUGCUGGGCUUCCUGGAGGAUAGUCUGGCUGCCACACAGCUUCAGCAGAGCCAGAGCUCUCUACUACACCUGCAGGGGAUGCACUUCGAGCCCACAAGCCCGGACAUGAUGCGGCGAGCUGCCCGGGCUCUGCACGCCUUAGCCAAGGUGGAGGAGAACCACUCAGAGUUCACACUACAUGAGUCCCGACUCCUCGACCUUUCAGUGUCUCCCCUAAUGAACUCGUUGGUUUCUCAUGUUAUCUGUGAUGUACUCUUUUUGAUUGGCCAGUCAUGACAGCUGUAGGGAGCCGUGGCUCCGCUUUUUGGGGGGUUUAUCCCCAAUCCCCUCUUCCCUGGAAGCCUGGCUUGUGUGUGUAACAGGGCAAGGAAAGUUCAAGUGACUGUCUUUAAUUUAUGAAAAUCCUUCAGAUUCCAUUCUCUGAGCCCUCCCCAGGCCGUCCUUGCUGGAGGAGGGUAAUCACAGAGCUGUGGUGGAUUACAAACCAGAGAGAUGCCCAUAAAGUGACACUACUUGCAACAUGAAUGCCAACAGGAUGACACAGCAGAGCACCACGGUUGGGAGACUGUUCUGCACUUGGGGGAAAGUACUUUUUAAUAAAGAUAAAUAAAUGAAUAAAUAAAAUAAAUAGCUGAAAAACAAAAACUGUAACCAAAGUUGCUGUCUCGUUUACAGUGAGUUUGGGAGACACAGUGUGCCCUAGCUCUCCCCUCGAGGGCACAACGAGUCUGUAAGUGGUUGACGUUCAGAGGUGAAGCAGACUGACAAGUGGCCUACUGGUUAUAGUUGCUGUAGUUGGAUUCUCACCAGUCAGCCCAACGGUAGACAAAGUGCUGUCAGUAGACACCUUCACCGGGGAGGCCUGUGCAGUGUGCAGUAGAUUGUAGGACAUUUUCUGUACCGUACUGCUCUUUGAGUGUAAGCAUUCUGUAACACACGUUUCACACAGAAGCAGAAGAUGCAGCUCUUCUAGAGUUUUGAGGUCAUUUUAGUUUGGUGUUAAACAGAAAAUGGCUUUCUUCCCCAAAGUAUCAAGAACCUACAACACCCUUACCUCCUCUUAUCCCUUGAUUGUAUGAAUACCCUUAUGAAAAGAAAUCACCUCUUAGGACUGGUUUUCAACUUCAAAUACAGCUUUGCUGUGGUGUAUAUAUAAUGUUGUACAUUACACUUCCUUUCUCUGUGUCUGUCUCUGUCUGUGUCACUAUUCUCACACUUGUUAUCGGUGAGGGAUUGAGGCUGACAUGUGAGUUUGGUCCGUGACCUCCAGUCCCCGCUGAUUAGACCCACUCCUCCGGUCUCUCCACAGCUCCGUAGUACGGCAGACACGGCUCAAACCUGUUAUCAAACAACUGGUACAACGAAAAUAAACUAGAUGAAGUACACAUUUGACAAUUUUUCUUCAGUCAUGGAUUCUGCAUAUUUGUAUUUCAGACUAUGUAGCUAAGACAACAUGUAAAUUCCUCCCUUUCCCUUUUUUGGCUCAAUGAAUAUCAUUUAUUCAGUAUGAAAUCUUUAUACUAUAUGUUCCACGUGGUAAGAAUAAAUGUACAUUAAAUCUU